ACGGGGUCUUACUCUGGCUCACUGCUGUUCAUACUGGUCUCGAACCUCUGAGCUCAGGCAAUCCACCCGUCUCGGCUCCCACAGCGCUGGGACUAUAGGCUCAGCCUCAGUUCUUGCCAUUUAUCUUUUCACACUGUGUCCAACUACGUUGAGUUUAUAAUUACCAGAAUUCACAAUACUUCUUCAUGUCUCUGUGCCUUCUAUGUGCUGUUUCCCAGGCUGGAAUGCACUCCUUGCUUUUGUCUGUUCUAGCCCUUCCAAAACUAAAUCAAGUAUCUUACUCUUACCUCCCUGAGGUAAAUGGAAGUACAUUGUAUUCUUAUAUUUUAAGGUAAUAGUCUGUCUCCCUGUUUUAGAUUCUCAGCUUCUUGAGGACAUGUGCUGCUGUAUUACUGUAAGGGCUUGGUAUUCAAUUAAUGAGUAUUGAAUAUAUGCUUAUUCACCUUUAAAUUCUCAGCACCUAAGGCUGGCGUUGUGGUAGGUUCCUGUAGUCCUCCCAGGGAGGCUAAAGCAUGAGGAUUACUUGAGCCUAGGUGUUUGAGGUUGCUGUGAGCUAGGCUGAGACCAUGGCACUCUAGCCUGAGUGACAGAGAGAGAGAGAUUCUGUCUCAAAUAAAUAAAUAAAUAAAUAAAUUAAAUAAAGGCUCAGGUUGUAGGCUCAUGCCUAUAAUCUUACUACUCUGGGAGGCUGAGGAAAGAGGAUACUUGAGCUCAGGAGUUUGAGACAACCUGAGUUAAGAGUGAAACCCCAUCUUUACUAAAAAUAGAAAAAUUAACUAGGCAUUAUAGCAGUACUACGAGAGGCUCAGGCAGGAGUCUCAAAAAGAAGGAUUGCUUGAGCCCAGGAGGUUUGACGUUACCUAGAGCUAGGUUGAUGGCACAGGCACUCUAGCCUAGAGCAACAGAGUGAGACUCUGUCUCAAGAAAAAAAAAAGUUAAUUGAACGAAUUUUAUUAAAUAUGAAUACUAUGUUUUUGCUUGGUGUAGGUAUAGGAAACUGUGCUCCCCACAACCUUGUGGUAGAAGUGAUAGUUUAUGGUAGAAUUGCCUAGUAAAGGAUCAGGAAGCCCUGGGAAACUAUCUGAAUUAUGUUCUCCCAGCUUUUGUUUGUUCUCUCCAGGCGUGGUUUAAAAUUGGAGCCUAUUUCCCAGCCAGAAGCCAAACAACACCAUGUGGCUGCUAACUGCUCUUCAUUCACCUAUUGAUGCCUCCCAGAAAAAAACGCCCCCUGGGUUCCCAGAAAACCCAGUUGCUAUUCCGUCAACAACCACUGGAGGGCCCCAGACACCGCUAUGAAUCGCCACAGCUUCCUAUAACUCUCACUCGACAGGUGCCUAGCAAGCCCGUAGACCAGAGCACCAUCACUUCUUGGAUAUCUCCUGAGUUUGAUACGACAGCAGAAAGCUGGUUCCUAGCCUACCGGAAACGUCAUUACCGAGACCAGGCAAGACGUUCAAGUCGAAAAUCUGGCACCUCCAAAUUUCCACAUCUAACUUUUGAGAAUCUACAUUCUUCUUCCAUUUCAGAGACAUUGGAGAGCCACUUAAUCAAGGAGUGCCCCAAUCAACAAGAAAAGAACAAUUCUAGAAGACCCUUAGUUCCAAUUAUCAGUCCCCAAAGCUCUGGGGACCUCUCAGUACAUGCACUUCGGAGUCUACCUUAUGUGUUGAUUCCGCCUGACAUCCAGACCCCAGAGUCAUCUUUCAUGAAGGAAGAAUCUGUUCCUCAAGAUCAGAAGGAAAACAGCCUUCCAUAUUACUCUGGUCACAGUAAUACUCCUAGCAGCCCAGAGCCUGGGCCUGUUCUGGUUAAAGAUACACCUGAGAACAAGUAUGGGAUAAAGGUCACAUGGAGGAGACGACAGCACCUGCUUGCUUAUCUCAGGGAGCGAGGAAAGCUGAGUAGAAGCCAGUUCCUUGUGAAAAACUGACUCCCUCUCUUAUCAACACUCUCAAGAAAUUGCUGAUUUUCAUAGAGUUGCUAAAGUCACUUUUCUAACUCAUGAGAGUCUAUCAAUAGAAUAAAAUAGAAAUAACAUCAAUAGAAAAAAAAUAUUUUAACUAGAGCCCUGGAGUCACAAGGGAAUUCAAUUCCCACAUUUGCUUUAUAAGAUACCUUGUGUCACGAACUGUUUACUUUAUAUUUUUCUGGCAUUAACUGUUUAAAAUAUAUGUAAAUAAAUGGUUGCAGAAAGUUUUCAGAGAACCCUGCUUCUGUCAAGAAUGCAGCAAUAUUGACCCACCCACAAAAGGUCUUUCAUAGUUGUUAAUUUAAACCACUAG